CCGUCCUGGAGAGAGCAUGGAUGUGCGCGGAGUGCUGUGUGGUGUGUUGUUUCUGGGACACACAGGGGUUUUAGCGCGGGAGAUCCUACGCUAUGCUGAGACUCAACACUCCAGGAACGAGGCGGGCGUCCCGGGGAGCAAUGUGACGGGGACGUGGAGCUGGGUGGACAGCGCAGGUGAGCGCCACUCCAUAUGGUAUGUCGCUGACACCGGAGGUUUCAGAGCCUUUGGCGAUGGCAUUCCGGAAGCCUCCCCAGCGCCCUUGGUCAUCGGGACGCCAGUCGUAGUUGGCCGUAGUGCAGCCAAGGUUCAGCAGGGGACUCUAUCAGUAGGGACACCUGCUCUUUCCCAGUCCGAGCUACUUCGCAGAUCGAAUGGGAGGGAAGCAGGGCUGCCUGUAGCCUCUCCUCUGCACCAGAUUCCAGACAGCGGCGACAACGCCUUCAAAACGGAGGCAGUUUCAUCGGAUGCUGCUGAUCCUUCAAAAAGUAGAUCCUUUACUGGACAGAGAACUGAUAGUCCAGACAAUAUAGACCAAUCGAAUACAAGUAUAUUCAUCUCAACAAGCGUUCUUCCAUCGAAAGACACGCUGACCAACACACACUUAGUACCCCAACCACAAACAGACAUUGCUGACAACGGACGAACUGCAGAAAGAACAUCAGAAACACCUGGAUCGUCUCUCACACCUGGCGACCUUAUUCCUUCACCUUUGGCUCAUACUGGUUCAGAUACUUCCAGUUCUUUGCAAAAAAUUAUGACACCAUCGGCGUCAGAGAAUAUCCUCAUUAAUAAAGAGGUCAAUAAAGUGGGGAUGAUUCUAAGUGAUUCUACUGCAGAAGCAGAGCAAGGACUCCAGAAGCAGCUUUCUGAUUCCGAAAUUCUAAUGACAACUAUCCUAGGACCUAUUUCAGGGACUGAUUUCGUGAUCGUCGAUAAACUCCGAGUACCCAACGCUCCGAAGCCUCGAGUUGGCUCCCAGCAACUGGUGCCGCAACCGGUUCCGGUAAAAGGCCAACCUUCCCCAGUUAUCAUGGGCCUCCACACCUCCGGGAGGCCACCACGGAAGCAUAAAUUAAGUCAGGAAACCAGGCCUCUGCAGCCUCUGGGAAUCCACCUCCUGAACUUGGUUCCUUUCAGAGGAAACAGCAAAAGCAUCAGCUCAAACGGACCAGUUCCGAAACCAAUGCGAAUCGUUGGUGCUCCGAACCUGGAGAACUUUUACCGGCCCGCCACGCUCGCGCAAACAACCCCGUCCCCUUUCAGAUUACCUAGACCUAUAAGAGACUAUGACUAUCAGUACUAUGACUAUCAGUACUAUGAUUACACUGAAAAUGAAGGUGACAAUGGAGGCGGAGGACCGAACAAGAGCACGAGAAGUAGCAACAGGCAAAAUCAAGAUAGUAGUGAUGAGAGUUCGGCUGAGCCUGACUUUGUGGAUAGUGAGGAGAAGGAUGACUGAGGCAGCAUUGCUGUUCCUCAUGUAGUUUAUUCGUUCAAUAAAAUGUGAUUUAUACUUUAA